ACCCCCACAUAAGGUUCUUUUUCUCUCAAACAGGUGGAAAAGACUGUCAAUACGUAAUCAUGAGUCUCACAGCUAAGGACAAAUCUGUGGUGACGGCCUUCUGGGGCAAGAUCGCUGGAAAAGCAGAAGAAAUCGGCGAUGAAGCCCUAAGCAGAAUGCUGGUCGCGUACCCCCAGACCAAAACCUACUUCUCUCACUGGUCCGACGUGAGCCCCGGCUCUGCCCCGGUCAAGAAGCACGGCGGCGUUAUCAUGGGGGCCGUCGGCGAGGCUGUUGGCAAAAUGGACGACUUGACUGGCGCUCUGGGUAGCCUCAGCGAGCUGCACGCGUUCAAGCUGCGAGUGGACCCUGCCAACUUCAAGAUCCUUGCCCACAACAUCCUUGUGUGCUGCGCCAUGUUGUUCCCUGGUGACUUCACACCGGAGGUGCACCUGUCCUUUGACAAGUUCUUCCAGAAUUUAGCCUGGGCUCUGUCCGAGCGAUACCGCUAAACACCGCGGACACCGACACGAACGGGACAGAUAAUCCGCUCUGUAGAACCCGAUCGCACAAUUGUUGUCCAUGUAUAAGAUGCAAAGCAACAAUAAAGCUGAUUGAAAUCCA